UUUAAAAAAAAAAAUUAAAGAAAAAGAACCUAACAUUUUACAAGACUUCUGGAGAAAGACACAAAGCACUGAGGGAAAUAUAUCUAGUAUUUACUGACGUUAGUCCACUAAUAAACAGAUUUCUAGACACAUGUUCAGCCUACCAAACAAACAGGAAAAUGUUAUUUGCCCAAAAAAGUAAAAAAAAAAAAAAAAAAACAACUCCCUGAGCUUACAAUAAAACUCCUAGUUAUUUGACUGGCCUCAGAGAAUCAAAUCAACUAGAGGGAUACAAGGAAUAAUGGAUCCAAUUUUCAUUUAUACACUAACAAUAUCUCCUAUAAUAUGGUCUACUCAAGUCAGCUAGGUGGCAGGUAGAUAGAACCCCCAACCCGCAGUCAGAAAGACUCAUCCUCAGUUCAGAGCUGGCUUCAGACACUUCCCAGCUAUUUGACAUUGGAUAAGUCACUUAAUUGUGUUUGCCCAAGUUUCAGCUCUCAGAUGAACUGAAGAAAAGGACAUAUCCCAAAUGAGAUCCAGGAAAAGUCAUAAACAUUAGAAAUAAGAUCUUUCCACAAUAUCUCAGGGGAUAUGAGUGAUCCUACAAUACAAACAUUUGAGGAUUAGAAAGAAUAAUCUAUGGGGACAAUGCUUUCCUAAAUGCCCCUCCCACUUUUCUUUCUCUGCUUUGCAAGUACCAUCCCCAGGCUAUUUCAGACACUGUCAUUCAAACCUUCCUGUCCCAGAAAUUGUCCCUUGUUUGAUUUCUACUUCCUACCGCAGCUUCUAAAAUCUAGAGAAGUGUUAGGGAUAGUGGUGAUGGUAGUGAUGAUGAUGGUGACGAUGACGACGAAGACUGCUAUCUUAAAACUUGUUCCCAAGUGACGGUGCAGAGCAUGCUCAGUAGGCAGGUCAGGUUUUGCUCCCAUCCAGCUGCCCUUAUUCAACCCCUUCAGAGGCAUUUAACUCUCUAUACAGCCUUUUUUUUUGAGGAAGCAUCACAUUUCCUCUGCCUUCCAUUCUCCCUUCCCCUCCUCUUUUCAAGGCUCAAAGAGAAACUACGCGGUUACAGAGCUCCCACUCUCUUGCAGCCAAUAAGUGGAUUGGAAGGGGAGGAGUUUAGAGCUGUGGCUUGCAAGCUUUGUGGAGCUCCAAGUUCUUAGAUAAAACCGGGGGAUAGAAAUAGUCGGUUCUAACCUCCACUGCAUCUGUCACAACGGGAAAUGCUGCUGACCGUGGAAUAAGUGAUUUGUGAAAGAUCAGUUCGGACUUACUGCGGAUCAUGGAUAUUUAAAUCAAAUAAGGAGGGUUCUGUUUGUCUGCUUGUUUUUGGAAAGCUGGAUUAGCGCGACAGAGAAAAUGACCCAUAUGUUAAGCGCAGCGGCAAAUCGAGUGAAAUGGACCAGAUCUAGGACUGCUAAAAGGGCUGCCUGCCUGGUGGCUGCGGCAUAUGCUCUGAAAACCCUCUACCCCGUGAUUGGCAAGCGUUUAAAGCAGUCCGACGGCAAGAAGAAGCCAGAGGAAAUCUGUCCCACUGCAGACAAUCGGGGAAAGCUGCAUUGCUCUGAGGGUUCCUGCAAGAAAGCUCCCGGAGUGAAUGCAGAUUUUUUCAAACAGCUCCUGCACCUUCGGAAAAUUCUCUUCCCCAGACUUGUGACCACCGAAACGGGUUGGCUAUGCCUUCAUUCCGUGGCUUUAAUCUCAAGAACUUUUCUUUCUAUCUAUGUGGCUGGUCUGGAUGGAAAAAUUGUGAAGAGCAUAGUGGAAAAAAAGCCUGGGACUUUCAUCAUUAAAUUAAUCAAAUGGCUUAUGAUUGCAAUUCCUGCAACAUUCGUGAACAGUGCAAUAAGGUAUCUGGAAUGCAAGCUUGCUUUGGCUUUCAGAACUCGUUUGGUAGACCAUGCUUAUGAGACCUAUUUCACAAAUCAGACAUAUUACAAGGUGAUCAAUAUGGAUGGGAGACUUGCAAAUCCUGAUCAGUCUCUCACUGAGGAUAUUAUGAUGUUCUCCCAGUCUGUAGCUCACUUGUAUUCUAAUUUGACCAAACCCAUUUUGGAUGUAAUGCUGACUUCCUAUACUCUCAUCCAGACUGCUACAUCCAGAGGAGCGAGCCCGAUUGGGCCUACAUUGCUGGCAGGACUUGUGGUGUAUGCUACUGCCAAAGUAUUAAAAGCAUGCUCUCCCAAAUUUGGUAAAUUGGUGGCUGAAGAAGCUCACAGGAAAGGGUAUUUGCGGUAUGUACACUCCCGAAUUAUAGCCAAUGUGGAAGAAAUUGCCUUUUACAGAGGACAUAAGGUAGAAAUGAAGCAACUCCAGAAAAGUUACAAGGCUCUAGCAGAGCAAAUGAAUCUCAUUUUAUCUAAACGCUUAUGGUACAUUAUGAUAGAACAAUUCUUGAUGAAGUAUGUCUGGAGCAGCAGUGGACUGAUUAUGGUAGCUGUACCAAUUAUCACUGCAACUGGCUUUGCAGAUGGUGAUUUAGAGGAUGACCAGAAGCAAGCUAUGGUUAGUGAACGUACAGAAGCCUUUACAACUGCACGAAAUUUAUUGGCAUCGGGAGCAGAUGCCAUUGAAAGGAUCAUGUCUUCAUACAAAGAGAUCACCGAAUUAGCAGGCUAUACUGCCCGAGUAUAUAAUAUGUUUUGGGUCUUUGAUGAAGUUAACAAAGGAAUUUACAAGAGAACUGCUAUUCAAGAGACUAAAAAUCCUACCACGAUUGGAGAUAAAAUAGAAUUGUCGCUCAGUGACACCUUAGAAAUCAAAGGAAAAGUUAUCGAUGUUGAUCAUGGAAUUAUUUGUGAAAAUGUCCCUAUUAUAACACCAACUGGAGAAGUGGUGGUUUCCAGGCUAAACUUCAAAGUACAAGAAGGAAUGCAUCUUCUGAUAACUGGUCCCAAUGGUUGUGGGAAAAGUUCUCUCUUCAGGAUUUUAAGUGGGCUAUGGCCUGUAUAUGAAGGAGUCCUCUAUAAACCCCCACCUCAGCAUAUGUUCUAUAUUCCACAAAGGCCUUACAUGUCUCUUGGAACGCUUCGGGAUCAAGUUAUUUACCCUGACUCUGUAGAUGAUAUGCAUGAGAAAGGAUAUAAUGACCAAGACCUAGAAUGCAUUCUCCAAAAUGUCCAUCUCUAUCACAUUGUUCAGAGAGAAGGAGGGUGGGAUGCUGUCAUGGAUUGGAAGGAUGUCCUCUCAGGAGGAGAGAAACAGAGAAUGGGCAUGGCUCGGAUGUUCUAUCAUAAACCAAAAUACGCAUUACUAGAUGAAUGUACUAGUGCAGUCAGCAUUGAUGUAGAAGGGAAGAUAUUUCAGGCUGCAAAAGGUGCUGGGAUAUCCUUGCUGUCAAUUACACACAGGCCUUCUCUUUGGAAAUACCAUACUCAUUUAUUACAGUUUGAUGGAGAAGGAGGUUGGCGCUUUGAACAGCUGGAUACAGCUAUUCGUUUAUCACUGAGUGAAGAAAAACAAAAACUGGAAUCUCAACUAGCUGGUAUUCCCAAGAUGCAGCAGAGACUCAAUGAACUCUGUGAAAUUUUGGGAGAAGAUUCAGUGCUGAAAACGAUCAAAAAAGAAGAUGAAAAAUCUUAAUUUGUUCUGAUGGGUUUGAAAUUUUCCAUCAUUGCUGUUGAUGCUAAUGAGCUCUGAGACACUAUUGCAAUGCAUGCGUUGCACUAACUUAAGCACAGAGGGAAAAAUCAGCCAAAAAAAAUGUUUUAUGAGAUUUGAGCAUGGCCACAGAAUAUGUUUUGAACUUUAAGAAGAAAAUAAACAGCUGAAUUUUGAAAAGGGCAAUCACUAUGGAUUAUUCUAAUUUCUAAUGAAAGUCCAAUUCAUCAGCAAAAGGAGACUUUAUUGAUCUGAGAGGAAAUAGGCAAGAUACAAGACUCUUCAAUCUACUUAAUGUGCCUACUAUACUAAAUGAAAUUUAUUGCAGGCAUGAAACAACAUAAGGUUUGAAUUGUGUGUAUAGAUGCAUAAGACAAAAUGUUUACAUAGAAUUCCAGUCCAUUUAUAUUCCAUUGUAAGUUUUAUAUGGUUCAUUUUUCCAAGUUGUUGUUGAAUUUCAACAAAAAGAAAGCAGUUUAUUAAUGAGUGGUUAAAAACUGGCACUUGAAAGCCAAAUUAUGAAAGUUAUGAUAAAUAUCUUCAGUUGUUUAUCUAUAAUUUUAGACUUUAAACAACUUGAUGCAGGCAUAUAGCAUCGAAUUCAAUGGGAAUUUCACAUCUUUUAAGAAUUCCUUAAUUUCAGAUAGUGAA